GUCGGAGCUUAUAGAGGAGUCCCUGAACGCAGCAUGAGCUCCAGGGGGCGGGGCUUCAGAGCAGGAGGUCAUAACAAACAUGGCGUGGAGAGGAUGUGUAGUGAAAUGGGUUAAAACAGAGCUCAACAGAUCCACCAACGCUACUACACGAAGCUCCAGACUGAACCCCCAAAUCCAACAGAGGUGUGGUUUCCGUCGAGAAGCCAAAAAGCCAGAUACAAAGAAAGGAAAUGUCACCCAAGAAACAAAACCUACACCCUCUGAGGCUGGCAAGCCAGGUCCUCCACCUCUUCCCAAAGUCCCCAGGCCGACGCUUUUCAAACCGCUGAUGUUCACAGUAGGGUUUACAGGGUGCUCCUUUGGUGCUGCAGCCAUUCUGCAAUAUGAGACCCUGAAGUCAAGAGUUCAGUCUGCAAAAGAUGAGGAGGAUUCAGAAAAACUGUUACAGGGGUCUCAGAACAUGACGUACUGGCAUGAGUGGUGGAACCAGCUAUCAGGCUUCCAGCAACAGCUCAUCCUCCUGAUGUCCAUGGUGGACGACUUCUGGAGCAGCCUCACAGAGGGACAGAAGACGGCCACCGGCAUCAUUGCAGUAAAUGCUGUAGUCUUGUGUUGCUGGCGGAUCCCUUCAAUGCAAAGAACCAUGAUUAAGUACUUCACGUCCAACCCAGCCUCCAAAACACGGUAUCUUCCCAUGGUCCUGUCCUCCUUCAGCCACUACUCCAUCGUCCACAUGGUGGCCAACAUGUAUGUCCUGUGGACAUUCUCAUCAGGAAUUGUCUCUCUCUUGGGGAAGGAGCAGUUUCUUGCAGUCUACCUGUCUGCUGGUGUGAUUUCCACUAUGGUCAGCUACAUGUGUAAAACUGCCACUGGACGUCUCCAUCCAUCAUUAGGAGCGUCAGGUGCUGUCAUGGCAGUACUGGCCGCAGUCUGUGCAAAGGUGCCAGAGGCUAAACUAGGCAUCAUCUUCCUCCCCAUGAUCACUUUCACUGCAGGAAAUGCUCUGAAAGCGCUCGUUGCCAUAGAUACAGCAGGGCUCAUACUGGGAUGGCGGCUGUUUGACCACGCAGCUCACCUUGGCGGAGCCCUCUUUGGAGUAUGGUAUGUGGCAUAUGGUCACAAACUGAUUUGGAGAAAGAGGGAGCCUCUUGUGAAGAUGUGGCAUGACAUGCGUUCUCCAGGUGCUAGUGGAUCCAGGCCAGGAGGUGGACCUGGACCACAAUGACACUCUGACAGGAUCCUUUUUUUUGAAAGAACUGGAGUCCACAGUUACCCCAGACUAUGCAAGGACACUUUUAUCCACCAAGACGGAGUCGGGUGUUAUUGUUUAUUAACAAAUGUAGUUUUUCAUUUAAGGUUAGUAAUGAGAAUAAGCUGAUUUAAUGGUAUGCAGACAAAUCGGGUAAGACCUCACACCUGGUGUUGCAAUCCAGCUGUUUACUGUGUAGACUGCUAACAUCUGCCGCGCUACAAGUAACCACUUCAAGCUGCAAAAUGAAAAUGUCAUCACUCUUCUACCUCGUAAUUAUCCGGAGAUGUUUAACCUUCAGCCUUCAUGUUGGCUUUUUCCUGUUCAUAUUUUUGAAAGAGUGCUGAUACAAUUCAGUGAUUGAAACAUUUGCUGAAUUCAAUGUAAUAUACAGUCCUGUGGGCUGGUCUUAUGUUGCUAUUAAAACUGGAGUUUCAACAAUCAGAGUUAA